GGAACAAAUGAGGUAGGGGCAGAGCUGAGGAGUGACACAGAGGCUAUGAUCAAGAAGAUCAUGAGUGCAUCUGCCGAUUGUCUGUUCUGUGUGUCAGCGUUCGUCGGUCUGCUGUCAUGGAGCCCUACACUCGCCACGAAGCCCUCUGCCGACUGGACAGGCAGAUCAUCCCCUUGAUGGAGAUCCUCGAGGCCGAGCGGGCUGACAUCGUCUCCUCUUAUGACAUUGGCAAACUGCUGAGUGACCACGGCGCCUUAGACCCAUCGGCGGCCUCUGGCGACGACCUGCUUAAGCUCAAUGUCGGCGGGAGCCACUCGUCUGUGCGCCGCAAGCACCUGACGAGCGUCGAGGGCACACUGCUGGCGGUGCUGCUCGGUGGCCGAUGGGACGGCCGCCUUGUUCGUGAUGCAGACAGCCGCAUUUUCAUCGACGUGUGUCCGGAUGCCUUCGGAGCUGUGCGGGACACGCUGCUGGAGGGCGGCAAGGAGGCGGUGGACCAGCUGAUGGACCAAAUCAAAGAGCGAAACCGCUCAGGUGAGCCAUUAGGACAGACGCCAUCUGCUCUCUUCAUAUAUUCCUGUGUGGUGUGGGUGCAGGUCCGCACGACUUUUGGACAGCAUUGCUGCUGUCGCCCAUCGACAAGCCGUCCAGUGACGCACCGACUACCACACAGGCCGAGUGUGAUGAGCCGACUGUGCCAUCAGAGGGAUUGCUGUCGGAGCUGUCAGGCUUCAUGUCGGAGGUGGAGAGCUUCGUCAAGACAUUCACUGCGAAGAAGAACGAGCUCGACAGCGAGCGGGCGGCCAAGAAGGCCGCAUACGACCAGACGAUGAUGGAGAUUACGGUGAGAGAAACAAAGCCAACCGAAGCACAAGGUUGUCAAUCGGUGCAUCUGUCCGUCUCUCUGUCUGUCUGUCUGCCCAUCAGGCCGUCAUGCCAUUUCUGGCGCCUCUGAGUGGCGACGAUCCCAUUCGGUCUAUCGACGUGUGCGGCACUCUCAUCUCGACGGUGCAGUCCACUUCGGACGAAAUGGGCGACAUUGGGCUUCACAACCGAUUCGAUAUGUAAGCGGGUGCAGAGGACACAACAACACGGGCAUAUGGUAUGUGUGAUGUAUUGUCGUCGAUCAGGUGGCCGGCUCCCAUUGAGGAUGUGCCUGUCGACCACGUCCGCCGUCUGGUGGACUACUACCGCCGCAAACGCCACGCGGCCUCACUGCCUAACACACACCUGCUGGGCGGGGUGCGAGUGCCGCUGCUGACAGAGAGGGCGGCCCGGCAGGAGACCUUCAACAAGACGGCACAGAUGUACGGCGUCGACACGCAAAGGUGAGAUGCCUAUGAGAAGAGUGAUCGUCAAGUGAUGAUUGGCUCGCUCUUUUCCUCUCCUCAGCUCUCCGAAUGGCCGGGGCGGCGGCGCUGUGUUCACUGAGAUGCAAUCGGGGGUUCGCUAUCAGGUGGUGCGGCCGGGUAGUGGACCCAAACCGACACGUGACCAGCACGUCAAGAUCGACGUCAUCGAGUGGCGUGACGACUUCGAGGGACAAGUGGUGGUUCGUGUGUCUGAUCAACCUGAGUGGACCCAGGAGGUCCUCACUGACAUGCGUGUGGGUGAGGUGCGGCGGGUCACCCUGCCAGCCAGACUGAGUGACACUGGAAAGGAGGCUUACCUCGAGUAUAGGCUGGUGGCCACCCUGUGAGCACUGUCUCCUGGUGUGUCUGCUGUGUGAGUUGGGUGUCAUUACGGCACAAAUGCGUUAUUGCAUGGCCACCUGCUGCGGAA